CCCUUUGAUUUGCCAUGCUUGGGAGCGGGGCAAAAUCGGGAGGGUUUAACCGAUCCCAAUGUCCCCUGCAUCCCUCCAUUGGCCUUCUGAGGAGGCUGGGACCCUGAGCGGGGCGGCGACUCGCCGGCGUCUCCCAGCUUGGCAGGAGGAGCGCUGGAGCUGCACUCCGUCAUCAGCACGGUCUAACAUGCUCCAGCUCAUUGUGGAGUUUCCGCUUGAGUGUGGGGUGAGAUGGUCCUGCGCAGGUUGUGCAAUGUUCCAGCAGCUUUACUUGGCCCCGCAGAAUUGAGGCUCUAGCUGGAAUUCACUAGUGCUUUGAGUAAUUCUGUAAAGUACGCCGUGAAAUAAAGCCGCCUGGACAGUGUGGUCUCGGGGAGCCCAGAGCCUGCGGUUUUCUAAGCCCCCAACCAUCCUGUUCCCCGGCCAUUCGAGAGCAUCAUGGCAGAGCAGGUGGCCCUGAGCCGGACCCAGGUUUGCGGGAUCCUUCGGGAAGAGCUGUACCAGGGCAAUGCCUUCCAUCAAUCCGAUACACAUAUCUUCAUCAUCAUGGGUGCAUCGGGCGACCUGGCCAAGAAGAAGAUCUACCCCACCAUCUGGUGGCUGUUCCGGGAUGGCCUUCUGCCCGAAGACACCUUCAUCGUGGGCUAUGCCCGCUCCCGCCUCACGGUGGCCGACAUCCGGAAACAGAGCGAGCCCUUCUUCAAAGCCACACCAGAGGAGAAGCCCAAGCUGGAGGAGUUCUUUGCCCGCAACUCCUAUGUGGCUGGCCAGUAUGACGACACGGCCUCCUACGAGCGCCUCAACAGCCACAUGAAUGCCCUCCACCAGGGGCCACAGACCAACCGCCUCUUUUACCUGGCCUUGCCCCCCACAGUCUACGAGGCGGUCACCAAGAACAUCCACGAGACCUGCAUGAGCCAGACAGGCUGGAACCGUGUCAUUGUGGAGAAGCCCUUCGGGAGGGACCUGCAGAGCUCCGACAGGCUGUCCAACCACAUCUCCUCCUUGUUCCGCGAGGACCAGAUCUACCGCAUCGACCACUACCUGGGCAAGGAGAUGGUCCAGAACCUCAUGGUGCUGAGGUUUGCCAACAGGAUCUUCGGCCCCAUCUGGAACCGGGACAACAUCGCCUGUGUCAUCCUCACUUUCAAGGAGCCCUUCGGCACCGAGGGCCGUGGGGGUUACUUCGAUGAAUUUGGGAUCAUCCGGGACGUGAUGCAGAACCACGUCCUGCAGAUGCUGUGCCUGGUGGCCAUGGAGAAGCCCGCCUCCACCGGCUCGGACGACGUCCGCGACGAGAAGGUCAAGGUAUUAAAAUGUAUCUCAGAGGUGCAAGCAGAUAACGUGGUCCUGGGCCAGUAUGUGGGGAACCCCAGCGGAGAGGGGGAGUCCUCCAAAGGGUACCUGGAUGACCCCACAGUGCCCCGUGGGUCCACCACUGCGACCUUUGCAGCCGUCGUCCUUUAUGUGGAGAACGAAAGGUGGGACGGGGUGCCCUUCAUCCUGCGCUGUGGCAAAGCGCUGAACGAGCGCAAGGCCGAGGUGCGUCUGCAGUUCCGCGACGUGGCCGGCGACAUCUUCCAGCAGCAGUGCAAGCGCAACGAGCUGGUGAUCCGCGUGCAGCCCAACGAGGCCGUGUACACCAAGAUGAUGACCAAGAAGCCCGGCAUGUUCUUCAACCCUGAGGAGUCCGAGCUCGACCUGACGUACGGCAACAGAUACAAGAACGUGAAGCUCCCCGAUGCCUACGAGCGCCUCAUCCUGGACGUCUUCUGCGGGAACCAGAUGCACUUCGUGCGCAGUGACGAGCUCCGGGAAGCCUGGCGGAUCUUUACACCGCUGUUGCACAAGAUUGAGCGUGAGAAGCUCCAGCCUAUCCCUUAUGUUUACGGCAGCUCUACUCACCUGAGCACCAGGGAGACCACAGGAACCAACACUGCAGUCCUGCGCUUGUGGCCUGGGUUCUGGGAGAUGCAGCCAACCAGGAACAAAAAGACAGAAUGAUCAGAUGGUGGUGCAUUUUAUGGAGGGAAGAGGCAGCACAGAAAAUCGCCAGGGGAGGGAGGCUUCGUUACCGGCGAGGUGAAGACCUAGCCCACGGCACGGUGGUUGUCAGGGCUCGGCUUUUCUGUCCCCCAGGCCUGCUUGGGGGCAAUUGCCCAGAACUCUUUGCUCCAACCAUCCAGGCCUCUCCUGGUCCUGCCACUGAGAACCAGCUGGGCUCACUCCUGCAUGGUCCCUCUGGGCUGGGAUGGCAACAGUUGGGGGGCCUGGCGAGGGUGAGGAAGACAGGGGCACACCCUGACAGGCAUAGUGCUGGCUGUGGGGGGUGAGCCAAGGCUCCCACCCCGGAGCAAUACAUAGAUGAGGAAGAAACUCUAAUGGUGGGUUGUUCCUGCCCCAUAAGCUAAGAUACUGUGUCACCCCCGUAUGUACAAGCUGCACCCCUGGGUGCCAUCUGCACUCUCCGCAUCCCCUCCUGUAACCAGGGGAGGUGGAGCCUUCAGAUUAAGGAAGGAGGGAGAUCACCAAGGUCACCUAAAGAGGGAAGGAAGGAGCGUCAUGGGGUUAGAACAGAUCACAGACCCUUCAGUGGUGACUUUCCUUGGUGGGAUCUGGACCUCAGGAUCCCUCCUAGCCCAGGUCCAUGCAGAGCAGCCAAGAAGACUCCAUGUGGACAGGAUUGGAGGCCAUGCUUCAGCCAGCGGGCUGUGGCCUUGGUCCUUGCUAGUUCCUGUGGCCUCCUGGAGAGGGAGCAGUGGCAAGGGCCUCCCCGGGAGAUAGUGGGGGCCAGCCUAGGAACUCACAGGCUCCUCUGUAACCCUUUGGCUCCCACGUAGCUGCAGAGGGUCUUGCCCUUGACUGGUGCAGUCACAUGCCUGGGAUGGGCAGAUGAGCUGGGGUGACACAAAAGGGAUGGUGGCCAGGAAUGGGGCAAAAUGGGUUCCUGAAGAUGUGGCCGCACCUUCCCCCACUUACCACCAGAGGGUUCUGUCCUGCCUACUCUUAAGUUCCCAGCCACUCAGGCCCACCAUCCUGGAAUACAGACCUGAGGGUAACUUCAAACCCUUGGGGGGGUCAAGAGAAGCCAAAUAAAUGAAGAUGGGGGAGUCCUUCCUGACCCUGGCA